AAAGAUCAAAGUUUGUAUUCUUCCUUUCUUUUUCUUGAAGACACUGUGCAACAUUGGGAGGACAGCGACUAUAUAGCAAUAUACCACAAGGGUUGCUACUAUUGCCUGAAAGUGUACCAGGCAGGCCGUCUUCUUUCCCCAAGAGAAAUUGAAUUCCAAAUCCAGAGGAUCCUUGACGAUCCAUCACCCCCCUGUAAAGGAGAAGCCAAACUUGGGGCCCUCACUGCUGGAAACAGAAUCUCAUGGGCUACUGCUAGGCACAAAUAUUUCGGCAGUGGAAUAAACAGACAGUCGUUGCAUUGCAUCGAGAGAGCAGCCUUCUUUGUGACCCUGGAUGAUGAUAAUCAAGGCAUAUUGAAAGACAAUCCUGCGGAAAGUUUGGACCGCUACGCCAAAUCCUUAUUGCAUGGCAAAUUGUACAAUAGGUGGUUCGACAAAUCCUUCUCAGUCAUUUACUACAAGAAUGGGAAGAACGGCAUCAACUCGGAGCAUUCGUGGGCAGACGCGCCAGUGGUUUCACACUUAUGGGAG